CGAUACCCAAACACACCUCUUCUCUCUUUCUCUCUCGCCGGGUGUUUACUUUUUCUCGGAAAAAAAUAUCUUUUGUUGUCUCUCUCUCUCAGGAAAAUGAAAUCUCUCGGUCGCCAGUCUUACAGCCGGAAGGAGAAAUCUCUCGGGGUUCUAGUCUCCAAUUUCUUGCGACUGUAUAACCGAGACGAUGUUGAUCUGAUUGGCCUCGACGAUGCUGCCGGGAAACUAGGAGUUGAACGACGUCGUAUAUACGAUGUGGUUAAUAUAUUAGAGAGCAUUGGGCUUGUAGCGAGAAGAGGGAAGAAUCAGUACUCGUGGAGAGGUUUUGGACAAGUUCCUCCUGUUCUAAGUCUACUAAAAGAAGAAGGAAUGCGAGAGAAGUUUGGGAUCAUCCCAUGUGUGACUAACUCAGAGAUGGUGUUGUAUGACCAAGUAAGAGAAGAGCCUUUGAAGUUAAGUCCUGAUGAUCAAGAAAACUCGCCAUCCCCAAAACUUGACAGCAAGAAGGAGAAGUCUCUUUGGGUUCUUGCACAGAACUUUGUGAAGCUUUUUCUAUGCUCUGAUGAUGAUAUGAUCACACUUGAUGGCGCUACAAAAGCAUUGCUGAAUGUAUCUCAGGAUCCCAUGAAUAUGAGAACUAAAGUUAGACGUCUUUACGACAUUGCAAAUGUGUUUUCCUCAAUGAAUCUAAUCGAGAAGACUCAUAUCCCAGAGACUAAGAAACCGGCAUAUAGGUGGCUAGGAGCCAAAGCCAUAUCAGAAGCCAGAUUCCUUGCUGCUCCUGCAAGCCUAUGCGUUCGCAUUGAGCCUAGAAAGCGAGCAUUCGGGACCGAGAUCACAAACUUUACCACAAAGAGAGCCAAAACUGAUUGCUCUAUAGACCGCAAGCAUUACGAAAGUCAAAACACAUGCAGUGUAAUCAAGCAAGAACAAUGUGAUUCCAAAUCAGCCGUGAAGAGACCAUUAUCUCCCGCAGAUACUUCUAAGAAGACUAAUGCAGGAAACAGCAAUAACCAGAGUAUUGAUGUUCUUGAGAACCUUUCUUCUGCACACACACUACAAUAUUGCAAUCAUGAGUUAACUGGUCUUCUUGGGCAUUACACAGAGACAUGGAGGACAUGGCAUGCAGAGUUUGGUCGGAAAUGACUUCACCAGGUAGAUUUUUCUUGCAGCGUUACUACAAUUAUCCGAUGGAUGCCAAAAAUGCUGCUGUUUUUUUAGCUUACAACAGAGAACAUUACUCGCAGAUCAGCAGAGCCUUAUCUUGUGAUACUUUGUAGAAGAAGAUAAAAACAAUUAAAAGUUUUGCAGCGUUU